AUGAUAGACAUUCCAGAAUUAAAGGAGACUUUAUCUUGGGACGAUAUUUAUAACUUACUCGAGUCAAGCCUAAGAAUCAGCUCAAACUUAGACCCAAAGCUGUUGGUUAAUACAAUCUUAUGUGAGUGCAGGAAAGUUAUUAAUUGCAAAGAUUGUAAUCUAUUCAUUUAUGACUCUAUUAACGAUGUUUUCUACCAUGGGUUUGAUACAAGUAAGUAUAUAAUAUCUGAUUCCUUGCUGAAGAAAGUACUCCUUAGCAAUGAGUACGAAGUUCUAACUAACUUAGGAGACUCUGAUAAUCAUCAGCUCGAGAAUAACCAUGAUAUUAAAACCAAGAGAUUUUCCAAUAACGCUAUUUACCUCCCUAUAUAUAACACUGAAAAAGAAUCUCCAAUAGCUGUUCUUGAGAUAUUGGACAAGUUCAAUCUGGAUAAAGACGGUAUUGAAAUUGAGGAAAGUUUUUCUCAAAUUGACAUUGUCAAGUUAAGGUGUCUGUCCAAAAUAUUUUCUAUUUCAGUUCUGAAUUGCGAAAAGUACAAGGAAGUUAGAAACACUAAGGAAAAAGCAGACAAUCUACUUAAUCUUGUUCAAUCUUUAAGACCAGAUCUGGGACUUCAGUCUAAUUUGUUUACCCUUUGUAUUCAUGCUCAGGAAAUCAUUGAAUCUGAACAUUGUAUUGCUUUAAUUGGGAUCCCUGAUAGACAGCAAAUCAUAUCUCUCAUUUCAGACACAGGAAAUGAGCUUCUUUUCAAUUAUGAGAUAGGCGACAUUAUUCACAAAAUCAUUGAAACCAGGCACUCCCUCAUCAUCCAAAAUACUGGAGAUGAUAAUGAACCCCGGUUCGUGAAUAGGCUAGUUGAAUGCUCUUGUAGCUCAAUUAGGAUUGUGAUAGGAAGUAGCUCAGUUUCUACGAACAAUGAUGACCAAUUCAUCCGCCUUCUACAGAAGGUCUAUGGAGGGGAAAAACCAAUCUAUAAUGCCUUAGUAUUCCCGAUAUAUGCAGAAAGAGACAAUUGGUCCUGUAUCCCAACCCCCAGCCAAAGAAUCUCAUCAAUUUCUUCCCUUUCUUCUGCGUUCUCCUCUUUUGAAAUUGGACACGACUAUGAGGAUUUGGCUUCAGUAUCCCCUAGAAAUAACUCGAUUCUGAACUCUUCAAUCAUUUCUUCCAGUGUUGUUGCUCCCAGCUCUCCAAAAUCUGACAGAGUGGGAAGAAGCAGCUUGAUUAACCAGCCUCACACUAACACAAGAUCUUCAUCUCUAUCUCCAAGUACUCAAUUUGUUCAAGGAAACAAUACUCAAGCAAUAUCCCUUAUUGUGCUUAUUAACAGAUUAGGUGUUUUCAAAGAGAAAUCUAAAUUUACUGAAAAUGAUGUCAGACUUCUUGAACCUUUUGGCAGAAUUGUUGCUCCUAAUAUAGGUACCUUGUUCCAAACAUCUCUGUUUUCUUAUCUUCAAACAAUCUACAACACUGACAGAAAUAUCAGCUUUAAUAAGUAUCAGGACAAAAUGCCACAAGAUCCUCCCCCAUUUGCAUUUCCCCACAGCAACUGGAAAAACAGACAUUCUGAUAUAAUUUUCGAGGAAGAUGAGGAUGGAGCUAAAGAUUUAGAAAAGUAA